GCCCCGUUUCCAUCGUCAACAGGAAACGGGGGAAGCGUCCUUGGAGAUGAGCUGUAACUCUCGCAUAUUUCCCAUCUUUUGCAUCUUUAACUGGUAGCAAAUCCAUAUCGCCAGCAAGGCUCAUGAGAGACCGGUUUAAAGUUUGGAAGCAUUUCCCCGUGUGCCUGCAGUAACCAUGACUGCAGCUGCUCUCAUAGGAGACCAGCUGAUCCUUGAGGAGGACUAUGAUGACACCUAUGUACCCUCUGAACAAGAGAUCCAAGAGUACGCAAGAGAGAUUGGCAUUGAUCCCACCAGUGAGCCGGAGCUGCUGUGGCUGGCCAGGGAGGGCAUUGUUGCCCCUCUGCCUCCCGAGUGGAAGCCUUGCCAGGAUGUGACAGGAGAAAUCUACUAUUUCAACUUUUCCUCGGGCCAGUCCACCUGGGAUCACCCCUGCGACGAGCACUACCGCCGCCUGGUGGCCCAGGAGCGUGAGCGCGCCCAGCUCGCGGCCUCUGCGGGCGGCACAGGGGCGAAGAAGGACAAGGACAAGAAGAAGAAGAAAGAGAAGAAGGAGAAAAAAGAGAAGAAGAAGAAGGAGCCACUGAAGACUCCUGGAACACUGAGUUCGGCCUUGGGACCGUUACCAUCCCCGCUUGGCAGCCUGGCUCCCCUGAGAGGUCUGGAUGCCCCUGGCUCAGGCCCACUCUCUGGUUCUGCCCCCGCUCUCCGGCGGUCCAUUGGCAGCUCUGGGGGACUGGAGCCCCUAAAGACAUCAAUUGGAGGCCCCCGGAGCAGUGGAGCAUCAAGUGUUUUGGGCAGCAGGCAGGAGGAGAGGGUGUCCCUCAAUCUGCCUGGCUUUGAUGAUGACGAUGACGACGACGAUGACAAUGACGAUGAGAAAAUCUCCGAAAAUGAGCCGUGUCCUCGCGGCUCAGACCGAUUAUUGAAGAACCUUCACCUGGAUCUGGAUGCCCUCGGAGGAGGCCUACAGUAUGAGGACAGUGAGGCCAGUGGUGGAGCACCAGCUGAGGAGAGGACAGAGCCAGAGCUGCAGGACUUGGCUCUAUCUGGAGACCACAGCCCUGAGCCACCGUCCCAGCAGGACUCUUUGAGGGGCCGCCACCACCCCCUGUCAUCACUGGCAGGCAGCAGAAGCCAUGUCAGUGUGGAGGGAGUGGGUCCUAUCAGCUCUGAACCUGAACACUCUGCUCCACAGGAAGUAGCAGAGGAGUUAAAUGAGUUGGAGGAGGAGGAGGAGGAGAAUGAGGAAGGGGGAGAGUUGGAAGACGAGGAUGUUCAGAGAGAGAGAGGAGAGGAUGAAGGCGGUGGGGAAGGGGAGGACGGAGGGGCGGAGGAGAAAGAAGAGAUUGAAGACGGACAGGCACAGGUGGAGGAAGUGGAUGAGCGAAAGAGCGAAGGAGAGGGGGGUGAGAUGGAGGGAGGGCAGGGAGGAAGUAAAGGGUCUGUAGAGGGCAAGAAAGAGGAGGUGGUAGAGAGUGACAAGGCAGAGGAGGAAUCCUGUGAAGGUGAUGAUGAAGAGAAAGACGAGGGGGGCGCUGGAGUGUCGGGAAACAUGAAACACAGUAAGAUGCAAGAUGAGAACAAUGAAAAAGAGGAAAAUGGCGGUGAUGAGGAAGUGGGAGGUAGCGUCGAUAGGCAGCAUGAAGAGACCAAAGAUGGAGACGAGAAUGGGAAGAGUGAUGACGCUGUGGACAGUGUAAUGGAGGAGCAGGAAGAGGGAGAAAAACAGGAAUUUGAGGAAAGUAGCGAUGAGGUCGUGGAGAAAUGCUUCAGAAGUGAUAAAGCAGAAGGGAGUGAGGAGGAGGACAAAAAUGACACAGAUAAGCUUGAGAGAGACACAGAUGACAUGGGAGGGCAGAAUGAGAGCGAGGCUGAGAGAAAUAGUGAAAGAGAGGAAGAGGUGAAGGGCGGCGAGAGCGAUGAGGCUAUGGAGAGAUGCUCCCUGAGCCAGAGGAAAGUGACGGAGAGUGACGAUGAGGUGAUCGAGAGAUGUGUGCAGAGUGAAGGGGGAGAAACGGAUGGGGAGGCACUGGAGGUAGAUGAGGAAUCAAAUGCCCAAAUGCCUCAGACUGCCCCGGAGAGCGAGGACGAAGCCGUCGAGGUUUUCGGCGCGGCUCAAGGCCGAUCAGCCAAGCCAGACGAGGAGACGAUGCUGGGCGACCAUAGAGCGCCUGACCAAAAGAGCGAAACUCUCGCCGGCAAGAUGGAGAAUGUGACAAAAAAAUGCCCCCUUCCCGCAGAGGAGCCUGAGGCUGGUAAGAAUGUCGAGGAAGCGUCAUCCUCCGUAGAUGUCAAGCUGUCAGAGAAAGUUCUGGACAUCAACGACCUGUCUGGCACUGUCAGUCCACUGGAGAAAGAUGACAAAGAGGAAAGACAAGAAGAAGACGAGUAUGAGGAGAGUGGCGAGAUACAGAGGUAUGCUGGCAAAGACAACCCUCCAGCUCUCAAGGUUGACCGACUCGUGCUCCACCAAUCCAGCCCUUCGCCUUCCAUCUCAAGCCUGUCCCAUUCAGAACAAGCUGUCGGGUUCCAACUAAAAAACGAAGGCCUCGGCACAUCUCAGGCGCUACAAAGGCCUGAAACCUCCAGAGGUCGGCUGGUCCGCACUUCCAACACCGAAAUUGAAGACGCUGAGCAAAACCAAGAGAUCCCACUGGAAGAAGAGGCAAGCUGGAGAGUCCUGAAAGACAGAGAGAAGGAGGAGGAGGAGGAGGAGGAGGAGGAGGAGGAGCAGAGGAAGAGGGCAGAGAGAGAGAAGAGGAGUCUGAGAGAGAGGAAGGAUGAGAGGGAGAGGAGGAAGGCUGAUCAAGAGGUUGAGGAGGAGAGAGAGCAUCUGAUGAGGGAGAAGGAGAACAGAAUGCGUCUCCUCCGGGAGGAGCUGAGGAGAGCAGAAGAAGAGGAGGAGAGGAGGCUGAAGGAGGAGAGCGAGGAAAGACAAAGGGCUCUGCGGCAGCGUCUCCUGUCUAAGAGGAGUGAGGAGGAGGCCAGGCUGAGCGAGGAGUCCGACAGGGCGCUGAAGGAGCUCAGAGAGUCUUCCCAGACGGAGAGGGAGAGGCAGCAACACAAACUCAGGGAGGAGAGUGAGGCCAUGCUGGCGGAGUUACGUGUCACUCUUGAGAAAGAGCGAGCGGCGGAGCGCGACAGACUGGAGGCUCAAAAGAGGCGGGACAUCGAACGUCUCAAGGCAGAGUCGGAGGAGGAGCUCCAAGCAGAGAAGAGGAGGCUCCAGGAAGAGAGGGAGGACAAACUGAGCUCGCUGAAACAGGAGGUCAGACUUACAGAGAGGAGGAGGGAGCUCAUGAGUCCACGGCCCGAACAGCAUCUGGCAGAGUACCACCGAGAGCUAGCCGAUGUUCUCCAGGAAGUGCGGGAGGAGGUGCAGCGUGACCACGAGAGGAAGCUGGAGCAGCUGAGGGAGGACCACAGGAGAGAGAUGAACAACAUCAGAGAGAAAUACCUGGACGAGGAGACAGCUCAAAGGGAGCACCUGCUCUCCACUCUGCAGGAAGACAGAGAGCGUCUCCAGACCUCGCACACUGUCCAGCUGGAGAAGCUCCGCUUACAGCUCAACACACAGAUACAAAAGAUGCAGCUCACGCACUCUCGCAAGGAGUCGGAACUGCAGGAUCUGACAGAUCAGAUGGAGUUGAGAGCCAAAGAGCUGAAGAGCCAGGAGGCCAUGUUACAGAACAAGGCAGCUGAUCUGAAGAGGAAGAGGAAGAAGCUCGGGGGGGAAGAGGACGAAGUGGACAGACAGAUAGAGACCUUACCUCGUCUGAUCCAGGAGAGGGACCAGCUGAAGGAGGAGCUGGAGAGGAUGAGGGAGGAGAAGCACCAGGCCAGAGAACUCAUCCAGAGAGCGAGGGAGGAGAGGGGCGAGGCCAAGGAGGAGGAAGAGAGGCUGAGGGAGGAGAGAGACCGAGCCAGGGACGAGAGCAGGAGGGCCAAGGUGGACAAGGAGCGGCUGGAGAGCAAGGUGGCGCUGCUGCAGGAGCGGUGUGACCGUCUCAGUCGCAGAAUCAGUGAGAUGGAAGAAGGUGAAGGGGUGAGCGUCUCCCCCCGACCGGAACCUAAACAGGAGAAAAAGAAGGCAGAGAAAGCAGAGGCGAUGGCGCCCUCCAGUGUCAGGAGAGACUCGCCUUUGCAUGUGGAAGACUUGGACGACCCGCCACUCUCUCCUAUGCCUGACAGCCACAGCAGCAUGGACGAGUUCAGACGCUACAUCUCCUCACAUGGCGCAUCCAUCCAAAAAACCAAAGUCUUCCUGGAGAGGGAGAGCUGCCGGCUGAUGGAGAGACAGGCAGCUCUGCGGGCGGCUCAGGCCAGCUCCUCCCAGGACCCCAACCAGGAUGGAGGGGUGACUGAGGAGAUGAUAAGAAACCUGCAGCAGGAGGCAAGAAAUGUGGUGGAGCUGCAGCGGACGGUUCAGAGGGGAAAUACUCUCCUGCGUAGGAAAGAGGAGCAACUCCAGCAGCUAGAGAGCUCUUUAGCUGAAGAGACACUGUUUGAGGAUUUGUCUCGGCUUGGGGGAGAAAGGAAGGUGACCUUCGAUGUGACAGAAUCUGAUCUCAGUAGCACUGUGGACCCUCCAGAUGGGACAGGAGGUCAUCCCACUGUCCCUGACAAAGUGCAGGAGUUAGCAGAGUCCCUGCAGCAGAUCUCAGGCCAGCUCAACACCGUCCUGGGUGCGCUGGGUUCACUGGCCCAGAGGCAGAGCGUCACUCCCUAUACAGCCUUCCCUCUGCCUCUGUCUCAACCUCACUCCAGCACAACUCCUACCUCUGCACCAGUAAUGCCCCAGAAGCACAACCUGGGCCAUAGCCCCUUAGCUGCACCUCACCCAAUGAGGCUCUCAGAGCCAUCCUGGGCCUGGGCACCCCAAGGCUCCUCCACCGCCACCCCUUUCUUCAGUACCCCCAUCAGCAGCGGGCUGAGGGCCUCUGAGGACCUCAUCAACAGCCGAUGGAGCCAGAUAUUCCCCAGAGCAGCUAUAGACCCAAUCACUUCCAGCAGCAUGAGGCCAACCUCAGCUUACUCAUCAUACAUGCCUGCCAGUGAACAUGGUCGCAGUCUGCGCUCCACCCAGAAGUCGGCGGAGGUAGAUGGCCAGAGGCUGCAGGGGCUGAUUGACGGCAACAAGAGGUGGCUGGAGAUGCGCAAGAAAGACAACAGCGUGCCUCUGUUCACUCGCUAUCAGGCUCCUUCAACCAAGAGCGGCCUGCUCCAACUGGGCCUGGACGAUAACAACCAGAUCAGAGUCUAUCACUACUGAGGACAUGACACAUGAUCUCAGUCCUGUUGUUCUGUGUCACUGAGGACUUUGGAGCAUUCAGGGCAGUAACAAGACCUAAUAUUAGAGUCCUGUGACCUCUUUGAGUCAUUCCUUUUUCAAACCUUCGGUGCAAAGGUUUUCAGGCAAAGUCCGACCUCCUCCGCUGUGAUUGGAGGAGGAGACGACUGUGGGCGACACAGCAAUUCAGGGACCAACAUGUCACUGAGGGCUGAGGACUUUAAUCCUCCAACGCGAGAUACGGCGUAUACCGGUACUUUUCAGAGCACUUCACUGUCACGUUUACAGAUUAGGGUACGGACACACAUGCGCAAAUUCAUGUGUAUGACCGUUGAAUACUGAGAAAAAAAAAAAUCCCCAUCCGAGCUCAAUGCAAAGUGUGGACUUGACAAUUUGCUCACGUGCUUCAGUGAUUUUUGACAUGUGUGACGGUGUCCAUAUACUUCCGUGCCAGACUUGGGCCAAACUGUUUUUGUUUUUUUUAAAUGGCUGUUUACGUUGAUGUCAGAUGGAAAAUGGUUGCUUCCUAAAGGGUCUAGUAAGUCAAGACAAUCACAAAGACGUGUGUGAAGGUGUAUGUCCUGUACUUGAAUUCUUCUUUGACUGAAAACAUUCCAGACUUCAUCGUACUUGUCGUCACUCCUGCACCCAGGAUAGAACACUAAGAAAAGCAGCACUUUACAACUGCGCAUAGGUCAAGCUUCAUUUCAUGGCAGGUUUCAUUUGUAUUUAUUCUACUGGUUUUGUAAGUGACUUGUGUGUAAACUGUUGGUUUUUAACUAAUUCCUUGAGUUGUUAUUGUGAACGCCUUUUAGAGACAGAAAUCACUGUAAGACCCACUGUUGUUUUUAGAAAGGUGAAGCCAAUCCACUUUUAUUAGGGCUGAGCACCGACUGAUGCGGUCUAUUCUUGACAUUCAGUUUUCUCUUGUGCCACACGGUGGACACAGGAAUUUCCAAUGACC